ACUGGCCGCGCGACCGCACAUCGACCGCCAACCGACAAGCUCAUAUUUUAUUCUUCGCUGCCACGACAGCUGUUGGUAAUCUCGAAUUUGCCUCCUGCGUCAAGUUUCGAUCGUCUGUCAACCUUGAGAUAGCUGCAUCGCAAGGCUUUUUUGCGUCAACGCUUGGCUGGAGCUGUGGCUUGUCUUAAGGACCCCUCUUCCACCGGAGCUCUCAACUACCACCGUCGGGGUAGCUCAAUACCUAGGAACUCUACGCUCCCGUCAUGGCCCUUGAAGCUCCUUUGAGGUCAUCGACUGGAAGCCUACAAUUCCCUUUCGUUUACCCUCAGACAGACAUGUCUGCGCCCACAGAGAAUGAGAGCCGUCGCUCUCCAUUCAGACCAUUCUCUUCCCCUCCUCCCGCUACCGAUUCGUCCUCACUUCGACCCAAUUCUGUCAAUCGCAUGUCAAGUAGCUCCUACAAUGUCAUGAGUCCCAGUGACAUUGUGGGUCCUUCUCCAGUCACAUCUAAUGGUACUGAAACGACCGAGAUUGAGGAUGAUGUCUCAGAGGAUAUUGAGAAGGAAGCUAGUGAUAGAAAGGUUACCCGUCGGUCGGAGCUCUUAAUGCUCACAACUAACUUGCCGGAGAGUGUGCGCCAGUCCAGCAACGAGGAGGCUAUUUCUGUCAUCCAUGCACCCGAAAACUUUUCCAGCUGGGCUGCUCCAGCUGCCGCCGCACCUCCAGCCAUGGAACAAAAAGGGUCAAGUCCAAGGACAUCUCCAAAGUCAGAGGCUGAAAGUCUAGCCUCUCUCAAUGGUGGACAAGAGAAGACAUCGACUCAUCCCGUUCGACCUCCGAUUUUAACCGAUGUGAACCCUGUGCGGUACAGCAUCGACAGCGCCACACCCCGUGCUCAGGACCUGCAAUCCAUGCUGGAUGAUGGAGCCCGGCUACGCUCAAGUAGUACGAGUAGUCUCGAAAAAAUUGACGAACAAACCGAGGCUGAGGGUGACGACGAAGACUAUGAAUCAGAAGCCAUGCCGAUACCACAGCAACAAGACGAGAUUGAGACUCUACGAACAACUCUUGCUGAGUGCUGGACUUUGUGCAACAGUUUGUCUAAGCUCAGUUCGAUCAAUCGUAACCGCGCUCUUGGCAAAAAUGGCAUUCCUGAUGCCCACGAAAAAGCAUGGAGGACAUGUUGGAAACUUUGUCAACGGCUUUAUCAUAGCCGAGAUGAGGACGUGAGCAAUUUUAAUGUCAAGGUCAACCUUGAUUUGUGUCGCGAUUUCUGUCAAGCGCUAUUCGAUGUCCGGCAGCGUAAUGAUGAAGCAGCGGACUCGGUUUUGCGUGUUAGCUUUGAGCUCAACAACCACCUUUAUAGUGCUCAGGAUGGUACUCUACCGGAGCAGUUCCGAGAACGCACACUGGACUUCUAUAUCGCGCUUUGUCAUCGACUAAUGAAGCAACGGAGCGAUCUGGCAGAGGAAACCGAUCAGUUGCUCAGGGCCUGCUGGGCACUUGCAGAGAUGCUCUUCAAUCUCAGGCAAAACAGAAGGGAUGGAAGACCCCCAGAUGAGGAGUUGCUGAGCUCUACUGUCCAAGCCUGCUGGGAGCUCUGUGAUGUAUUCCGAGACAGCUGGACACAAGUUCGACCUGAUAGGGGAACACCUCGAGCCGGGCACGCAUUCCCUCAACAUCUCAACGAUCAGAGCGGCCGACAGAGUCGAGGAUCAAACCCAUCUUCAGUCCAUUCAAGGCACGAUAGUGUCAAGAGUGGGCGACAGGAAGAGAAGCCAAGAAACCCAGCUGUUCCAGAAACCCCUGUAACCGAGUUUGAGGACACGCCCAUCUCUCCACAGAGUCGCUCGCCAACAAUGCCCAACAUUCUUGUCCUUGGUACUCCUAGCGAUAAUAGCCGUGGCCGAUGGUCGAGCAGCGCGUCCAAUCUUUCCAGUUACUCGAAGAGCAGUACCAGGACUUCAAGCACAGCCACCACUACAGCUGCAUCGGAAGAUGCAAAUGUGACGCGUGCAAAAGUCCUCGUUCUCCGAGCUGCUAUGAAUCUUGGCUUCAAUCGUGAUACCAUCCACGAGCCCAAAGCUGCUGCUGCUGCAUUACAGAAAUUCGUGCAGGAUCUUCCUCCUGGAUCGUUUGGGUCCCUCAUCUCGCACUCGACAUUGCUAUCACAAUACAAAAACUCCGUCCUUACUGACGCGAUAAUUCCAAGACACCACGCCUUGCCAGCCCGAGGCAAGCGCGUUACUGCCCAGGAGAUGGCCAAGAGUAUUCAAAUGAUGAUGAAGAGUUCACAGCGUUAUGCUUAUCUCCGAGAUCUCUUCAAGGUCGUUUUUCAAUUCCCAGUUGAAGAGGUCGACACCCGCCGCAACGUCAGCAUUGUGGUGUAA